GUCACAUGAGACUACAAAAUAAGCGUGUAGGCGGAAGAGAUUUUCGUGUUGUUGUUGUUGAUUUGAUGUAUUAGCGUAAAUAUUUAGCGUAAAAACAACAACAACGACAAUAACCCAAAAGUGGCCUGAAAAGGUCUGAGCGUUUCAGGAGGUUCCUACAGUGAGUUUGGCGGCGACGACGACAACAACGUCACGACACUUCCGUGUGUACAGAUACGCUUUACGGCAUUAGGGCCAGUCCUGUAGUGACAGCAGAUUCCCGUUUGCCGUCAUUUCGAGCGAUACUAUCUUUCAGUUUGCGCCUGUCUUUUACCUUUGAGACGUUAAUAAGCAGCAUGACAUGACGGACACUUGGGCGCGCCUAUAAGGUAUGUCACAACAACGAGUUGCCACUGGCUAUGCUAACUUAGCGCCACUGUAGUACAGCCAGUUCUUCAGGUUCGAGUCCGGGAUCCCAGGUUUCCGUCAAGCUGGUGUGCAUUCGGUAUCGAGUCCGUCGUCUACACAACAUGUGGCUGCAGCAGAGACUGAAAGGGCUCCCGGGCGUGCUGUCCAGCAGCUGGGCCAGGAGACUACUCUUGGGACUGCUAGUCUUUCUCAUCUUCUACUGGUACCUGGGACCAGGACCGAGCUGGAGGCUCUUCGGCAGUUCAGUGAUGCCAGGUGGGAUCGCUGGUCAGUGCCUUCAGGGUGAGAUCCACAGGUGGAGCUCCGUAGUGGACAGAGGAGAGGGUCUGUACAGCAGCCCCCAAGACCCUCAGGACACUCCGUUUGUGACCGGUAACGGACAUAUGCUUAUUGAUAUUGAUGCAAACAGACUGUGGAUAUCAUCGUCCAAUCAGUUUGGAUCGCCUCCGGUCCACAUGACUGAAUACACCCCAAGAGUUGGAGUCCACCUUGAGGGGAAGCAGGCUGAAGUGCAGGCGUCUAUGCUGUGGUUCCGGAAAGGAUCAGUGCUGACGGUCCGCUGUGCUUCCCCGGCGGGGGUGCACUCAGCACGGGACUGCGUCACCAUCAGAGAAGAGUUCAUUGCCCACAGAAGUCGUCCCAAUGUCUUCCUUCAGAGAAUCCACAUCAACAACCCAUCGGACCGCUCGGCCUCCUUUGAGGUGUCGUCGGACACUCACCAGUUUGGUUCAAAGUUUAUCUCCAGCAUGGUCAAAGUGGAGGACCGGGAGCUGGUCAUUUCCUCCGGCAGAGUGUCGGUGGAGAAGAACAGAGUGGUUUUGGUCGUCGUGGCUACCAAGAAGAUGAACAGUCGUAUCCAAGUCUUCGCCAAAUCCGAGUACACAGACAGUAUCCCGUCUGCGGUGUGGACGUCGGAGGCCAUUGAAGCGUCGAAGCUGGAAGAAACCCUGAGCCUCCUCCAGGAAGGAGCUAAAAAGGAGCUGCUGGAUCUGUUGAGGGCCAGCGAGGACGAGCUGGUUAUGGAUCACCAGCAUGCCUGGAUGGACCUCUUCAUAUCAGGUGUGGAAAUGAGGAAGAUCACGGACUCUCACACGCCCUCCAGCCUGACGGUCAACACCACGCUCUACUACAUCCUGUCCUCCUCCUCGGCUCCUCUGUUGGACCGCAGGUUGAGCGGCGACGAGCGCUCUCGCCUGGAGUCCAGUCUCAACUACGCGGACCACUGCUUCAGCGGCCACGCCACCAUGCACGCGGAGAACCUGUGGCCCGCUCGCCUGAGCAGCACCGGCCAGAUCCUGCAGCUGGUCACGCUCUGGACUCUGACGCUACAGAAGCGAGGGUGCAAGGUGCUGGUGGCGGCAGGAGCCCACGGGGCCAUGCAGGGCAUGGUGCUGAGCUUCGGUGGCCUCCAGUUCACCGAGAACCACCUGCAGUUUCAGGCGGACCCUGACGUCCUGCACAACAGCUAUGCACUGAGAGGGAUCCACUACAACCAGGACCUGAUCAACCUGGCUGUGCUGCUGGACGUGGACGGGAAGCCUUUCCUUCAUGUCUCGGUGAAGCAGCAGGAGAAGCCGGUGAAGCUUUACGCCUGUGAGGCCGGCUGCCUCAAUGAGCCGGUGGAGCUGACCUCGGAGGUCAAGGGUCAUACCUUCCCAGUCAUGGUAACACAGCCCAUCACCCCUCUGCUCUACAUCUCCACAGACCUGCGGCACUUGCAGGACCUCCGCCACACGCUUCACCUAAAGGCCAUCCUGGCCCACGAGGAGCACAUGGCCAAUCGGUACCCAGGCCUCCCCUUCCUGUUUUGGUUCAGCGUGGCUUCGCUCAUCACCUUCUUUCACCUCUUCCUCUUCAAGCUCAUAUACAACGAGUACUGUGGCCCCGGGGCCAAGCCCCUCUUCAGGAGCAAGGUCUUCGGUCACAAUGAGGACGCCUAAAAGCCAGUGAGGCAGAGUGGACUCCUGCUUCUCAACAAGCUUCACCAAAGUUGAAGAAGGAAACAUGACAUUUUGACAAUGAAUUUAGAUGUGUUGCUGGAUAAACUGACUUUUGGGAAACUGUGAAUUAAGUUUCAGGGCUGAAGAAUUACCAAAUGUGAAUUGCAUAAAUGAUCAAUACAAGCAGCAGGUUCUAUGAAGGGCUUAUUACUACUAUUCGUGGAUAUGAGUUGAUGGUUGCAGAAGUACAGUACUUGACACCUGUGGAUGAAUUAUUUUUUCUUAUGUAAUAAGUGAUAAUGUGAGGUGACAUGAAAGGAUUAAAUAUUGUUUGCAGAAGUGAUCAUAACAACGAGCAGUGUUGCAUGUGAUCGAAGCAAUAAAGGGCUGUGCGUUUUUGUUUGUGGUCACGAAAAGGGCAAGUUUUCUGAAUGUGAACUGCUCAAAAGAGGUGAUGAUGAAUAUGAAAGGUUGAAUUUUUGUUAUGUACAGUAUAAGGUGGAAGCAACUUAAAAUGUUUCU